UUACUUACGUGUUGAACCACCAAAUUUGAUAUAUUUAACUCUUCUUUAUUCAUUCUGCGUAAUGAUUUUUUAACUGUUUAAGUCUGAAUGAACUGCUGAGUUAGCAGCGCAUGCAACACCUGUCUCCCAGUGGGAGGGGCUAUCUAGGAGAUAUAGUAGGAGGGGUUAUGUUAUGGUGUGAGCUGGGUGUGAAGAUAGUGGGCGCGGUUAGCGUUGUGGUAGGAGGAGCUAAAGCUUUAAUAGCAGGAGUUAGUGUUAUGAAGUCACACGGGGUUGUUCAUAGUGGGAGGAGUUAACGGUGUGAUGGGAGGAUUUAGUUUCAUGGCUCAGAUCAUUCGCAACGAGGAAAUCUGAUCUGAUACGUGACCGCUGAUCAGUGUAAUUAGAUAUGUUAACAGGAGCUAUUGACACAGAAUCAUCAUAUGCACUCCAGACGAGCAUCACUAGACUAUAGGUUGCGAUGGAAUGGAUUACUUUAAUUUUGACUGUGUCUAUUGUGAUAAUUUCUUUUCAUCUUCUCUUUGGCAAAAGAAGUCAUCCCAAUGCUCCUCCGUGCAUAAGAGGUUGGAUACCUUGGUUUGGUGCUGCUUUUGAAUUUGGCAAAGCACCUUUGCAUUUCAUUCAGCAAGCCAGAGCCAAAUAUGGCCCAGUUUUCACUGUCGUAGCUGCUGGGAAGAGACUGACAUUUGUGACCCUAAAUGAGGAUUUCCGAGCUUUUUUCACCUCCAAAGAUGUUGAUUUUGAACAAGCAGUGCAAGAAGCUGUUCACAACACAGCUUCUAUCAGCAAAGACUGUUUCUAUAAAACCCAUCCAACCUGUGCCACCGUAAUCAAAGGCAGACUGACUCCGGGCAACACAGCAAUGCUCUCUGUUCAUCUCUGUGAAGAAUUUAAUGACCAUCUGGAGAACCUUGGAAGUGAAGGAUCUGGACAGCUGAAUGAGAUAAUCAAGAGUGUUAUGUAUCCAGCAGUAAUGAGCAACUUACUGGGGCGAUGUAACUCCCCUAGUAAUGCUCUCACGAGGCAGGAGUUCCUGGAGAAGUUCACAACAUAUGAUGAAGGAUUUGAAUAUGGCUCCCAACUCCCAGACAUGUUCUUGAAGCAAUGGGCAAACUCAAAGCAAUGGCUCCUUUCUCUGCUGAGAAAUAUGGCUAUCAGAGCACAGGAGACUCACUACAAUGAGAACGAUGGAAAGAUAAUACUGACUUUACUACAGCACCUGGCUACUGCAAUAAGUGACAAAUAUCUUCCUUAUGGUUUACUUUUGCUUUGGGCAUCCCUGGCAAAUGCUAUACCAAUUACAUUUUGGGCCAUUGCUUUUAUUUUGGCCAAUCCUGAAGCGUAUAAGAUUGCAAUGGAUCAGAUCAACGCUGCCCUCAGAGACCAAGACAAGGAGAAGACAAAGGUGACCCUAGAUGACUUACAGCACAUGCCAUAUGUGAAGUGGUGUAUCAUGGAAGCCAUUCGGCUGAGGGCCCCUGGAGCCAUCACGCGUAAAGUAGUGCGGCCUCUCAAAUUACUUAAUAUUAUCCCACCUGGAGACCUGCUGAUGUUGUCUCCCUACUGGGCUCACCGAAACCCCAAGUAUUUCCCAGACCCUGAAGAUUUCAAACCUGAACGAUGGGAAAUGGCAGAUUUAGAAAAGAAUGUCCACUUGGAAGGGUUUGUGGCAUUUGGAGGGGGGAAAAAUCAGUGCCCAGGAAGGAUUUAUCAUAUUGUAGUCACCAACCGGAAGAAAUGGCAAAAAGACACCCUUAUAAGCACAGUGAGCUUGUCCGGUGAUACACGACAGAGGGACCGCUCCUCCAGUGAAGACUCAAAGGGUAAUGCAGCAAACACGGUGCAGUAG